UCAGUCUUUGCGGACAGGAAAGGGGCUGUGUGAGACGGAGGGAAGGAGGCACACCCGGGAUUGGCGCAAUGAGGAGGGGGCGCGACGGCCCGGAGGCUGGUGGAGCGACACCCAGGCAGGAGAGGGGGAAGAACUCUCUCCCUUUCUGAACCCCCUUUUCCUUGAGAGACGAGUUGGGGGAGUCCUCCACGCAUUACCCACUCGGGCCGCAUAAACUCCCUUCUUCAGCCCUCUGCCCCCGCCCUUGCUUAUAAGCCUUUGAGACCGCAGAAGGGACCUUGUUGUGGAACGGGACGGCAAAGGGACGCUGCCCCUUUAAGUUCCAGACGCCCCGCGUACUUCCCCUACUUCUUCUUAUUGAGAUAGCCCCGCCCAUCUACCCGAAGCCGGAGCCGAUUGGCUGCCUCUGGAAAAAUCUGUGGGCAGGGUAAAGAGGAAGCCAGAGCGCUGAGGGUCCAGUCUCCAGCUUGCCUCCUGCUAUAUCCAUUGGAAGAGAAAAGUUUGUGACUUGGGCCCCCAAGUUUUGAGAGAACUGGGCUUUCGGCGCGGGGGGACAGAGGAGGCUCGUGGGGAGCUUUCCCCAUGGAGCUUACCCAGCCUGCAGAGGACCUCAUCCUGACCCAGCAGACCCCUGCCUCAGAACUUGGGGACCCUGAAGACCCCGGAGAGGAGGCUGCAGAUGGCUCAGACACUGUGGUCCUCAGUCUCUUUCCCUGCACCCCUGAGCCUGUGAAUCCUGAACCGGAUGCCAGUGUUUCCUCUCCACAGGGCAGCUCCCUGAAGCACUCCACCACUCUCACCAACCGGCAGCGAGGGAACGAGGUGUCAGCUCUGCCGGCCACCCUAGACUCCCUGUCCAUCCACCAGCUCGCAGCACAGGGGGAGCUGGACCAGCUGAAGGAGCAUUUGCGGAAAGGUGACAACCUCGUCAACAAGCCAGACGAGCGCGGCUUCACCCCCCUCAUCUGGGCCUCGGCCUUUGGAGAGAUUGAGACCGUUCGCUUCCUGCUGGAGUGGGGUGCCGACCCCCACAUCCUGGCAAAAGAGCGAGAGAGCGCCCUGUCGCUGGCCAGCACAGGCGGCUACACAGACAUUGUGGGGCUGCUGCUGGAGCGUGACGUGGACAUCAACAUCUAUGAUUGGAAUGGAGGGACGCCACUGCUGUACGCCGUGCGUGGGAACCACGUGAAAUGCGUUGAGGCCUUGCUGGCCCGAGGCGCUGACCUCACCACCGAAGCCGACUCUGGCUACACCCCGAUGGACCUUGCCGUGGCCCUGGGAUACCGGAAAGUGCAACAGGUGAUCGAGAACCACAUCCUCAAGCUCUUCCAGAGCAACCUGGUGCCCGCUGACCCUGAGUGAAGGCCGCCUGCCGAGGACUCAGACACUCAGGGAACAAAAUGGUCAGCCAGAGCUGGGGAAACCCAGAACUGGCUUCAAAGGCAGCUCCUGGACAGGUGGUGGGAGGGGACCCUUCCCAAGAGGAACCAAUAAACCUUCUGUGCAGAAUGA